AUGAGUCGUCAAUAUUCUCUUUUUAUCCUAUUUUUAUCUUCUUCAUACUUAGUAUAUUAUCAAUUAGCAGCUCAACAAUUAUCUCAAUCGCCUCGUCUAUGCGCUUUUCGUAAUAAUCCUUCCCAGUAUUAUCCUUGUGCACUUGAUUCCCUUGGUCUGAACAGUUGGUCGUUUUAUCGAUGCCCAGACGAGACAAUAUUCGAUGAAAUUUUGCAACAAUGUUCGAAAACUGCUUUGUCCGAUUUAUAUCCUUCGCUCUCAUCGACUGACGACGCUCAGCUCGAAAGAAUCUCGAAUUUUAUCGUCUCACAUCCUGUUUCCGAUGCACGAAGAUUAAUCACAGACUUCGAAGAUCCAUUUUCAAUAAAAAAAUUCUUACAUGAACGUGUGGAACGAGCAGGAGGCAUUUUCUGGUCAAAUGGUCAACCACUGAUGGAGUUAGACGAAAAAUCCAUCUUUGAUUCGAAAUCAUCGAUAAAUUCCAAAUUGAACUAUUUCUCGUAUGAACACCCUUAUCCUCCGCCUGUUAGCGAAGAUGAGUUGAAAUAUAAGAAAAUUUGCUACUUUACAAAUUGGGCUCAAUAUCGAAGUGGUUCAGCGAAAUUCGAGCCCGAACAUAUUGAUCCGUUUCUUUGUACACAUAUUAUUUAUGCAUUUGCCUACAUUAGUAACGAAACAUUUCUCAUCCGAAAAGUCGAAGAUAAUGAUGAAGAUCUCUAUCGUCGCGUGAAUGCCUUGAAAAAACGGAAUCCAAAAUUGAAAACUAUACUUGGUGUUGGCGGAUGGAAUAUGAAAUCCUAUGCGUUUUCGAUCAUGGUUCAUGAUAGCGCCAAACGAAAACGAUUCAUUUUCGAUACAAUCAACUUUCUACACAAGCAUAAUUUUGAUGGCUUUGAAGUGGAUUGGGAAUAUCCAGGUAUACGCGGUGGAUUACCAGAUGAUAAAUAUUACUUGACCAUAUUUUUUCAGGAGUUCAAAGAAGCGGCUAUAGCACAGUCGAUUGUGACUGGACAGCCGAGAUUGUUGAUGGCAGCAGCGGUAGCAGCAAAUGCGGAAGUUGUAUCAAAUGGUUAUGAAAUUGAUAAGAUUGCCAAAAUUUUAGACUUUAUCAAUAUCAUGACUUAUGAUUUUCAUGGAGCCUGGCAAAACCAUACUGGUCUAAAUGCUCCUCUAUACAGACGUUUUGAUGAAACAGGACCCGAAGCGAUGUUAAAUCAAGUAAAAAACGAGAAUAUGCUUAUGAUCAUUGGUUUACUAAGGAUAUUUUUCUUUGAGGAUUUCGGCGUUGCAAUUUGGUUAAAAAGUGGUGCACCAGCUCAUAAACUUGUCUUGGGCAUUCCAUUAUUUGCACGAACAUUCCUAUUAGCCCACGCUGAUCAAAAUGAACUUCGUUCGCCAACAAUUGGAAAUGGUACAGAAGGUCCAUACACACGUAGUGCUGGUUUUCUCUCCUAUUUCGAAGUAUGUUUACUUCAAUCAGAUCCCCAAUGGACGAGAAUCUCUGUGCCGGAUGGGUCCGAAUCAGAAUAUAUGUAUAAAAAUCGUGAUUGGAUUGCGUACGAUACUCUUUCGAAUAUUCAGAAACGAGCAGCUUAUGUCGUAGCAAAUAAUCUAGGAGGAUUAUUUGUUUGGUCACUUGAUAUGGACGAUUUCAAUGGCAUAUUCUGCAGUAAUGGAACAUAUCCAUUUAUAAGAAAUUCUCUAUCACUUCUACCAGCAAACAUGGCUUCGUAUAUUUGA